AUGACUUUCCUCCCAUGGAUGCCUGGUCCCCCUCCAUCCAUCCAGCUGGACGUGGCUUUAACCAGUGCAAGAGCCGGGUCCCGCCCCCGCCAGACCAGCCUGACCCCUCUCCAGCGUCCCGGUCAGAUACGGCCGCAGCAACAACCUGGGUGCCUAGCCUCGGACUGCCCUCGCGAUGGGCAACCCACGGCGCCACACAUACAGCAGGCCUCGUCCGGCCACCACCGUGGAGGAGCAGCGACCGCAACCGCCUCCCCUGACCACCAGGCAACCGAUGACAUGUACCAAGGGCCAGUGCACCCCCUCCAUGCUGGUGGUCGGGACCUCCAUGGUCCGACUCGUAAAGGUGCAUGGUGGCCGGACCUUCUGCUUCCCUGGUGCCACCCGGUGCUGCAGGCUGGCACCAGCGUUAAAAAACAACAGUCUAAGCUCCUCAAACAGGUUUUUACCUCCCUAGUGGACCACCUGCUGCACACCGGUAAGCGUGUGGUAAUCUCCGGCCUGCUACUGUCACCUCUUCAUGGUGAUGUCAUUAGCAGCCAUAUUUGUCAGCUGCACCUGUGGCUGAAGGGCUACUGA